AUGCUAAAACAAUCACAAGAUCCUCACAACAAAAGGAGAAAGUUAAUGAACAAGAAUAAAAAUGCUACAUCCAAAGAAGGAGAAGUAGAAGCAGAAACCUCAACAGAAGAUAUGAAUGUUGUAACUGAAGAGGUGAAAGAUAAUCAUCGCGAUUACAAGGAAAAUAAAGUUGAUCCCACUGAUUUGGAAUCAAUCGAUGAAAAUGACAUAAAGAAUCAACAACUUGUAGAAAUUGUUGAUGAUGACGAAAUCGAAAUUAUCGAAAAACCACAGGUCCCUGAAGAAAAUUUAAAAAACAGCGCUGGUGAUAUAAAAAAGCCUAAUGAAGAAAACAAAAGUUUAACCGAAUACAAAUGUCCUAUAUGCUUUGAACCGCCCUCAGCUGCUGUUAUUACAAUAUGUGGACAUGUUUUCUGUACGGAAUGUUUGUUUCAAAUGCUUAAUAGUUCAAGGACACAUAGAAAACCCGGUGUUUGUGCGUUAUGUAGGACGCAGGUUCCUUUAAAUAAAUUUAAACUAAUUAUAAUGAGAAAAAGAACAAUUAAAAAAAAAAUUACUAAAUCCUCUAUAGGAGACGAAAAUUGA